UUCCCUUGUUCUAGAGGAGUGGAACUCCAGUUCUGUGCUGGUUUGUAGUUCAACAGCUGCCUUAAGCCUCACCUAAGAAACUAAAGACCCAGGUUUGUGACUGUACCAAGAGGUCCAAGGUCUUCUCCCUGUGUGGUUGGCAGCUGAGCUCAUGUGGUCCCUUCGUUAAUGGCUUGGGAUCUCUGCAGGGAAACAGUGUGUUGUUCUCUUUGGAUUGGUAUUCUAGUAGAUUUCAACAAUGCAGACGAUCAAGUGUGUAGUAGUGGGUGAUGGUGCUGUUGGUAAAACCUGUCUCUUAAUUUCUUAUACAACAAAUAAAUUCCCAUCGGAAUACGUACCAACGGUUUUCGAUAACUAUGCUGUAACAGUGAUGAUUGGAGGAGAGCCUUACACCCUUGGCCUCUUUGAUACUGCAGGUCAGGAAGAUUACGAUAGAUUACGACCCCUCAGCUAUCCACAGACAGAUGUAUUUCUGGUCUGUUUCUCAGUGGUCUCUCCUUCUUCAUUUGAAAAUGUGAAAGAAAAGUGGGUACCUGAAAUUACUCACCACUGUCCAAAGACUCCUUUUCUGCUUGUUGGGACCCAGAUUGAUUUAAGAGAUGAUCCCUCAACAAUUGAGAAACUUGCCAAGAACAAGCAGAAGCCCAUAACUCCAGAGACUGCUGAAAAGCUGGCCCGGGACCUGAAGGCCGUAAAAUACGUGGAAUGCUCUGCACUUACGCAGAAAGGCCUAAAGAAUGUAUUUGACGAAGCGAUAUUGGCUGCCCUGGAGCCCCCGGAGCCGAAGAAGACUCGCAGGUGUGUGCUGCUAUGAACGUCCCUCCACAGCCCCUUCUGCAAAGCUGGUGUUUGAUGUCAUACUAAAAGCAAUGUUAAAAUCAAACUAAAGAUAAAAUUUUAAAAUUUGUUUUUGCAAUAAUGACAAAUUCCCUGCACUCCCAUCUCCCCCACACGAUACCUGUGUGAGAUGAGAAUGUUAGUGUUUAUUCCCCCGUGCCCCCUCAAUUCACUUAAACUAGUUAAUUUUGAGUAAUUAUGUAUUAUCAGAAGACACUGAUCAUUACUAGUUUUUUUAUUUUGUUUAUUGUUUCUAAUUUUUUUUUUUGUUUAACAUCAAGGCAUGCUCAAUGACUUUUUCUAUAACAGACUAAUUUUAGGCUGUUUAACUGAAGUCUUGCCCCUUACGCUGGUGUGGCAAGACUUGGUUCUGGUUUCUAGACCUUGUAGGGCUGUUCUGCAGCCAGCCAGCAGCCUGGGUAUGAGCAGACUUUAGUCAGGAAAGCAAAAUGUCCCAAGCUGGUGCUCCUCUAAGAAGGAUUGUAGAAAAUACAUCUUCUCUGAAGUUGCCUUGUAUCUUUUUGCCCUGGCUCUUUAACUGUGCAGGUAAUAAAUUUAUACCCCAUCCUCUAAGUUAUGAAGCCUUAGGAACAGGAGAAUGAUUUUCUCUGGAUGCACCAUCAGACUUGAGACUAACUUGCCAGUCUCUUCCUUAAUCUUUGCCAUCACAUUCUUUUGGCUCGUGCUGAAGAAAUAACUGCCCCAUUGGAAGUACGCCUAGCUGGGUCAGUUGGCUUUUAUUGAACCUACCUUCUGGCAAUCCUUAAUUAUUAGAGAACUGCUUACAAUGACCAGCAUAUACACGGCUGCUUGGACACCCUAAAGGAACCUGGGAUGUGCUGCAAUGGGUUUUGGAGCUGGCUCUGAUGGUGCAUCUCUUGCUGGAUGGCUUGGCAUCCUUCAGGGAGAGGUGGAAAGAUAGACCUGUGUCAGUUGAAAAGAAGUGCAGGGAGAGGCUUCUGGUGUUUGGUGUGACACCAUAUUGGGACCAGUUGAGGGAACCCCUUUUUCUGCAUUUUGCUCAUGAGUAACCUUGAACCUGUAAGAGGGGCUCCAACCCCUGAGGAUCAUGUGCAGUGUCUCUACAUAGACCAUCUGGAGUAUCAUAAGGAUUUUACCAAAAAUAUAUUUUGGUUUGCAAAUUCAAAAAAUUUUAAAACUUAGGGAAUCUUCUUUAUCUUCCACAAUUUAAAUUUCUUGUAGACUCAUUAGUGUUGAACCAAUGCUUUUUCAUGUCUAAGUUCUUUGUAUAUGCAUUCUUUUCAGAUGUAUUAAAGUAUCUUCACAAGCCUGCCUGAGGGUAGUUAUUUCCUUUGCCUUUCUUCUGAGUGUGAAGGACUUGUAAAUAUGGCUUUUAUCCUUUGUGAGUCCCCCUUUCCUUCUUGUGAGCUAGCCUUUCCUUAAUGUUUAAUCCUUGUCAGUCUGCUUCUGGCCUCAGUCCUGUCAAAAUCGCUCUGAUCUUUAAUGCAACAUCUUUCCUGUCAGACCCCAUGAAGAAGAGGGUUUGGUAGUUCUUAAACAAAGAAAUACUCAGUGUGCAUGUUCCCAAAUAGUAAAAGCUGUCUUUUGGGGCUUAUUGGGUUCCAGAAUCUCUUCUGUCAAGAAAUUUCCUGUUGUUCCCUGCUCAUGGGCAGAUAGCAGAAAGCCUAAAGGGACAAAUGAUGUCAUACCUAUCCCAAAACUGCACGCACUUCAUCACACCUUUUUGUUCAUGCUUGAGAAGAAUAGCGAAGUCCUAACACUGUUGAUAAUAACUUGUAUUUAUUAUUAAAUCACAUUAGAAAGAACCUCACUUUUCUUUUAAGAAGCUGAUUUUUGGGCACACUAAUCCUGAAUCUUAGUGUAAAAUGUGUGGUUUUUCAUUUUUUCAUAGUGAUUAGUGCUGCUGUUCAACUUUGCAAUUCAGUUUUAAUUGCUGCCUUCUGUGGGGAGAUUUGGCUGGAACUCUGGGCUUCCUGGAGAAGGUUAUGCUGGUAUGUGUUGGUGGCUGUUCUUACAGCUUCUUCACCUUGUAACAGCUAAUCCUAAUUCCUAUGUCUAAAGCCAGCAGCAAGACCAAGGGAUUGCCUGCAGGAAACUGCCUUUGGAGUGGAGGGAGAACCCUUAUGACUUCUUCAGGUUUACCCUGUCAAGCCUUUUCUGUCUUGGAUAUGUUCUUAAGUGGUCCCUCUGCAUACAUCUUCAUGGCAGUGAUCUGUGCCAGCCCUUUUGGCCAAGCAAUCAAGUCUAUUCUGUUGAAUCAAGGCCACAAGGUUAAACUUCACUCUGGAGGGAAUCCAGGAAAUGCUAGAUGGAAAAACAUACUUUUCAAGGAGUGGUGCUGUUUCCUUCUUCCUAGUGUUCAUUAGGUUUGCAGAAGUCUGAUAGCUCCCUGGAUCUGCUAGGAUAUAGCUGUCCCAGGCCUAUGACUGGUUAAACAAGCUCAAACAGCUCUCAUGCCGUUUCACACUAUGCCUGGUUUUUUUCUGGAGUGUGGUGGAGAGGUUUGUCUGAGGCUAGAUGUGUGAGAUGUGCUCUCUCUUGCCAGGUUCUUGAGUGAGCUCUGUGGUGACUGUCUCCCUUCCCGUAUAAAAGCAUGAAAAGCUGUCAAAAGCAGGCAAAUCCACCACUUGCUUCCCCUUCUGGAACUGCCACUUUCAGCUACUGGGUUUGAGAGCACAGGGCUUAGAGGCAGGUGGGAAUAUGUGGCACAUUUUUUGUCCUAGAAUGGCAAACCAUUCAGUAGUGUGAGCUGGAAUUUCCUCAUGUUGCUGACAGAGGAUUUGCUUCUGCAGAUAUACUUGUGGCUAGUGGCUCUUGUCCUCUCACCUGUGAGGGCUCCUGAGGUACCUGCAGCAGCUCAUGUAUACAAAUAGGACAUGAGGUUUUGACUGGCUGCUUAACCAGCUGCCACAUAAAAUCCCAGAAUCCCAAACUGGUGUGGGUUGGAAGGGACUUGAAAGCCCAUCUCUUUCCACCCCCUCCCAUGGGCAGGGACACCUUCCACUAGACUUGCUCCAAGGAAACUCCAAGUCCUGUACAGUUUGGCCCUACAUGUGCUAAUGGGGUCCUGUGUAAAGGGCCAAACAUCUUUGAUGGGAAGAUGCCUGAGAAUUGUAUCACGCUUGGGCUGAGGGUUACGUGGAGGCUGAAGAGCAGCUUUGUGUUUUAUUGGCCGAGACACUCCAAUUUCUUAUUAAAUUUUUUGGGUUAUUUGUAUAAGUCUUUUACUAAACAGCCACUUCUUCCUGCACAAGGAUUAAGUUUGUGAUUUGAGGGUUUUGGUUGGCUCUCAUUGUGAGCUACUAGUUCCUAAUCAGGUUCUUGCUUCUGUUGGCUACUCAAAACAAGUGGCACUUGAUCAGCUGGUUGUUGUCUCUGAAGCAGGAAUCAUCUCUUUUCUCUAUCUGGGCUGUGUGUUCCCACACGUCCUCCACAUCAGUUCCAUCAGCUCCUGUACAGGGAGACAGUUACAUUCAUUGCAUGGAAAUUUGACAUCUUGCACAAUAUUUUCUUGAUGAACUAGUGGACCCUGUUUUUCAGGGUCAAGCUGAUACCAAAAAGAGUGCAAGGUAGGAGAGCAAAUCUGCAGUAGAGGGUUAGGGAGUAGGUGGGAGCAUGCCCACAGUGUGACCACUACAGCUGUGUCAGGUAAACUCCUGUGUGCUGUGGUGACAAACAGCAUGAAUCAGUUUGUUUUCCCACUGUGCUGUUGUCAGUGGAGUUGACAUAUGGAAAUCAAGGACUAAAUACGGAAGUAGUUAAUGUGGAGGAAAACCUUGCCUCUUGUAGGGGACAUGCUUGCACCUGAAAUCCAAACCAAGACACUGAACUCCAAGGUUGAUUACUGUUGGGAAGAGUGCUCCAGGGCAGCAGGUGCUUUCCUGAGCAGAAGAUAAUUUUAAGCAUACCCUAAGCUUAGUCCCUCUCUUGCUGAUUUAGAUGGUAUAUGGAAAUUUUCCACUAUAUAUAAAGAUGAUUCAGCUAAUCUUGCUGUUCCUGUACUUUUUGGUGCAGACAUAGAGUUUGCGUGGCUGCUGUAAUGCUGACUGGUGCUAAGAUUGUAUUAAACUAGUGGCCAUUUUUUCUCUCCCAAGCUUUCCUGUGCUCUACUAUCAUGUUGGAGUCAUGAGCCUUUUCUUGCUCUCCCUUGCCUGUUUCCCUGUGGGGCAAUGGGAAACUGUUAUGCCAUGGAAGAAAUGGUGCUGUUGAGCAUCAGAUGCAGUGAGGGUCAUCUUUACUGAUGUGUUUAGGAGAUCAGUGAGACAGGCUGAGCUCUGCAACUUUCCCAGAAGGCAGCUUCUUUGAUCAGCUGUGUUCUUCACUCCUCUCCUCUCUCUCUUUCCUAGUAAUGUGCUGGGCAUUAUACAUAGUGUGGCCCUAAUUAAAGUAUGGGGAGGGUAUCAAGUAAGGAGAGAUGGGCAUAUUUGAUAGGACCUCUGAGAGAAGAGCUUUCAGGAGCAAUGGCAUCUUCCCCAACACAACUGAGUCACCCAGGCUUCUGAGCAGUUGGUUUCAUGGCAUUACAUAAACCUGUCAUACACCCCCAGUUAGCUGUUGACUGUGGCCUUGAAGGCUUUCUGAGGAUUGUGUUAGUUCAUCUGACCUGGGAUGGUUCCCUUUGUGCUUCACUGUCUCUGCCUUGAUUAUGUGUCUGCCCUUCCUGUCAUAAGGGGUUCUCAAAAAGGAGAUUUGAUCCUAGAAUGCAGCUGUGAAGCUCCUUUAGUGUUACAUUAGAUUGAUGUACAGAUCUCCUGAGUUUUCUGUCAUUUAUGUGCUCUGUUUCACAUCCAAGAGUGGUUUUGGAGUGUGGUAUUGAGAUUUGCACUAGGUAAAAUGUAAGUGGAUAUUGCCAUUCAGUGGAAUUUGGGUCAUUGGCCCUGACUGGAGGGAGUUUGAAAGGCUCCCAAAAUCUCAGUUUUGCUUUUGGGUUGGUUUUGCUUGGUGGAUCUAUUCCUGUUGCCUCUGCUGCUUGCUGCUGCUGAAGCUAAAAACAGACCAAUGAUUUUCUCAUGUUUCCAAGAGACAGCAGUGUCCUCUGGUACUUCGCCACCAUCUAGGUCUCGAUUUGCAGAUGGCAGCAGCUGCCUCCUUUUAAAACCAGAGUCUGAGUGGUACUUGCAAAAGCAUUGUCGCACUGACCUGACCCAGCCUUCCUGCUGCCUUGUCUUGUGUUAACCAGCCUUCUCACUCUUCCUGUCCUACUCUUCCAUGGGGUGCUUCUGGGGUGCUGUGCUUGGAAGGUGUCUUACUUUGCUUCCCCUGGCCGCCCACACUGCAUCCUCUGAAGAAUAUUCCUCAGUAUUGUUGCUCUUUAAAAAGGUCAAGCAUGACAGAGGAAAUUACUGCUUCAAAAAUUGCAAAGAAUAAUCCUGAACUGAUUAAACUAUAAAUAAACAAGUUCUAGCUACUGAAAUGCA